UUAUUGACAUUUUUUUUUUUUUAAAGAAAUAUCAAAAAUCUGGAAACGUAUUUCCACACAUUUUAAAAGGUUUUGUUUAAUUUUUAAUUAUACGUCAAUAAUUAUGGACCACAGAAGAGGGCAUCACUCCACAGAGGAUCCUCCUAUGUCCAGAUUGUUCAUAGUGGGCCCCAAAGACCUUACCGAGCAAGACUUUAGGAGGGCCUUCCAACAGUUUGGCAAUGUUGAGGAGAUUUGGAUGGUAAAUGAUAAAAAUACCGGCGAUUAUAAAGGAAUAACUUAUGUGAAAUUUUCAAAAACAUCCGAGGCUGCUAUAGCACUUGAACAGAUGAAUGGCACCCAAAUCAAUGGAACAAAAAAUAUCAAGGUUAUGAUCGCUUCUAGUCGAGAUCAAGGUUCAAAACGAGACCAUGUAGAUGAAGAAAGAUCACAAAGACUAUUCAUCAUAUGCCCGAAAUUGAUGAAGGAAGCCGAACUUUCUGAAUAUUUCAAACAAUUCGGAGAUGUCGAAUAUGUGAGCAUUGUAAGAGACAGAAACACCGGGAACAGUAAAGGGGUCGCUUUUGUUAAAUUUUAUAAAUUCUCCCAUGCAGCUAAAGCUUACGAGCAAUGCGACCGUAAAUACAAACCGGUAUUCGCCGAACCGAAAAGUACCAGGGAAACGGACAUGUCGAAAAGGGGCUCAUUGGGUGGUGGUGGUGGUCACCCUUGGGGAUCCCUCCAUCAAGGCAUGGGACCCCUAUCGACUGGUAGCGGUGGCAGUUUUGACUCGAGAAUUGGGUACAACAACCAGAUGCCGUCUGGAAUUCCAGGACCGAGCGGCGGAGGAGGCGAAAAGUUUACUAAGUUGACUGUUAUUGCCAGCCCGGAUAUAAAUCAGGACCAGAUGUGGAAGUUGUUUGAUAUUGUACCAGGCCUGGAUUUCUGUCAAGUGCGUUACCAAGGUGGCGCGAUGGGUUCGUCCAGGGCUGUGGGUGAAGUGGUGUACACCUCGUACCAAUGGGCCGCCCACGCUUUGGAAAAACUCCACGGGUUCGAGUACCCACCGGGUUUCCGUCUUAUCGUGAAACCGAUUUACGAUAUGGCUCCUAACAGAAGGGGCGGACCCUUCGAAAGGGACGGCCUAGGGAGAAACAACAAGAUGGACGACAGGAGAGGAGAUUCCGCCGAUUUGUUAAAUAUUGCCGAAAGUAUUGCUCAGGCUACGAGUAUUAUACAGAAAGCCGGAUUGGAUCCAGCGGCAAUAUUGAACCUUAAGGCGCUAAACUCUGGCAGCGGUUACCAGGACACCGUAAGAUGUAACGUGGACCUUCCCGAUCAAAAACCACUUGCAAAUAUUGACGACGAGUGUGUAGCAAGAUGUUUCGUGGUUUGCAGCGUCCCAUUGCCAAACUCGGUGCUACGAGACGUAUUUUGUCGUUUUGGGAAUUUAAUCGACGCGUAUUUGCUGGCGAAUCGGAACUGUGGAUACGCCAGGUACGCGGACAAACAUUCCUGUCAAAGGGCGAUAGAAACUCUACACGGUAACGAGAUAAACGGGGUCAGACUGAAAGUAAUUGUGGCAGAAGAGCCUCGAAAGCGGCCUAGGACGGACGACGAAGAUUUGUAAAACAAGAGACUGGGACAAACAAAAAAUUACACCCACCCGUCUAUUUUACUUACUGAAGAAUUCUUACCGUAGACUUACCUACUCAGUACUGUUUACUGCUACUGUUUUACCGACUGGUCUUUUUAUUUGUGAAUUAUCGCACGUUUUUAUAGUCGAACUUACGUUUACCUUUUUACUUAAACACACUGGACUUUUUUGGGUAAUGUUUAAUUUAAAAAAAAAAUGCUUACCAUAAUGUAUCUUUAUAGUGUCUAUAAUUUUAGUUGGUAUGUAAACGGUUUCAAAUAAAACAAACCACAAUUAGUCAGUAAAA